AUGACGUAUGAUCGAAAGGUAUAAAACUACCUGCAUGUCUCUUCAAUGCGUAGUUUCUGGCUUGUUUCGACGAUAGGAGACUAUGGGAAGAAUGCUCGUGGCGUUUGUGCUAGCAGUCAUGGCCCUGCUGUACGGCCAGUCUUCGGCGCAGUACGGAGGCGGGUUCGGAUCUGGGGGCUACAAGCAGGGCGGAGGAGGCUAUGAUUCGGGAGGAGGCUAUGAUUCGGGAGGAGGCUAUGAUUCGGGAGGAGGCUACGAAUCAGGAGGAGGCUACGAAUCGGGAGGAGGCUACGAAUCUGACAGCUACGGUGGUGGGCCCGUGGAACCUGCCAGCAACUACGGUGGAUACGGCGCUAACGUGCGGCCCAUGAUGAGCUCUUACGGCGGUGGAGCACCCAGUUACAAGCCCGUGCCAAACCCUUACGGUUAAUUAUCGUUCAUCUCUCCAAUGUAUGUUAUGCACGACGCAACCAUGACUUGUCUUAAAGGAGAACACAUGGAACGAGUGAUAGUCUUCAAUGUUCAAUAAACGUAAAAUAUUCUUGUAGAAA